AUGCUUUUCGAAUUCAUGGCCACGGAGCUUGUGCUCCACGUAUUUUACUCUUGCGACUCCAUUGCCGACGUGCUAAAUCUUUCUCAAACUUGCCGCCGAUUCCAUGGAAUAUUUAGUGCUUCGCAGAAAAUACCCCUUUUAGCUAAUGCUGCCGAAGCAGAGUAUGGACCCUUGCACGAGGCAAUUCAACUCGUUACCCAAAAUGCCAGCCAACCCGCGCAAUCCAUUCGCCAGGCUCCCAUGUCAGUCAACCUACUAGAGCAAAUUGUUCAGGUUGGAAGGGUAGCAAAGCGGUGGGAGGAGAUAUAUCCCAUUAAGAAAUGGAAAUUUGAUUACGAGAACCGGCGACUGUUGACCGAUACAGAGCGUUUCUACCUAAGGCGUGCCAUAUAUCGGCUGUGGUUGUACUCGCGAGCGUUUCAUAAUCCCUCUUUUCCGCGUACCUCGCGCAGUGUUCCGUUCAUUGUACGAGAACGCUCUCAACUGCUGCAUAAUUGGUCAACGAGCGAACUAGCCGAGAUCGAGGAUGUUCGAGGGAUCAUUCGCGCUGUCGUGCAGAACCACAUAUGUCCCAGUAAUGGGACUAUACAGCGCAAAUUCCACCAACGCUAUCCGGAUACCGCUCGCUCACUCCUGUUCAAUAUCCACCUCAGCUAUCCUCCGCCAAUAUCGACUCAAGUUCUCGGCAAUAACCAUACUUUUGACACUCUCAGGCCCAACGGCAAUGCGAACAAUAGCAAUGAAAUGUUUCGCCAUCACACCACCCCACCGAAUAAAUACGCCACAAAGUUUCGAUCAGAUCUAUACCAUGAACCUGGCCUUGAGGGCUGGGGCGACGAGAUACCACACUAUUACGUGGUUGAGGAUAUGUUAAAAUUGGACCCCAGCCAAAUUCUUUGGCUACGGGAGAAUGCCUCGUCGAAGGAACAAGUGGAAAAAUACAUACGGUCUAUGGGUGAGUGGUUCGAAAACAAUGGAGAGACGUUUGCGCAGACUCUGGAGUGGGUAAUCAAUGAGCGUGGAGACGAUAUUGUUCUGUUUAAAGAGGCAAUCGGGGGUGGGAAGUUUGGGAUUGCACGGUCUUGA